AUGCUGUACGAACUGAUUGCAAUUGUCCGUCAGGGCAGCGCCGAAGAAGUCAGAGAUGUUGCCCGAACCGUUGGCCUCCAAGUUAUCCGCUCCGGUGGUGUCAUUCGCGGAUACACCAACUGGGGACCCUUCACCCUCCCAAAACCGACCACGAAGCAUCAAGUCAAGAACCGCGUAGGUCAACACUUCAUUAUGCGUUUCGAUGCUUCCCACCCUGUCCAAAAGGAAAUGCAACGAGGUCUCGGUCUCGAUCCUCGUAUGAUAAAAUUCUCUGUCGUCAAGAUGGGCUCUACGCUGCGAGAAAUUAAGGACAUUCCUGGAAAAGUUGAGUGGAACAACACGAAGGUGCAAGAGGAGACUUUCGGAGACGAAUACAGGCCUGUACCACGGGAUCGAUGA